AUGAGUGCCACCAAGGCGGAGUCUCAAAAAAUAUUUGAGAAACUCAAACUAAAGCCCGCAAACAAGAUAUGUUUUGAUUGCGGCUCCAAGAAUCCUACAUGGUCGUCGGUGCCUUUCGGUAUCUACCUGUGUCUCGACUGCUCGGCCCACCACCGUAACCUGGGUGUCCACAUUUCCUUCGUUCGUUCCACAAACCUCGACCAAUGGCAAUGGGAGCAACUUCGGCUUAUGAAGGUUGGUGGAAAUGAGUCCGCCACCAAGUAUUUCCAGUCGCAUGGAGGUUCCGCCGCCCUGGCUAGCAAGGACUCUAAGGUCAAGUAUACUUGCAAUGCUGCUGUGAAGUAUAAGGAAGAAUUGAAGAGACGGGCUGCUCAGGACGCCGAGCAAUACCCCGAAGAGGUCGUGAUCACGGACGUUCCCGCUGGCACCCCGUCCAAUGGCUCCAGUACGCCUGCCGGCGAUGCUGACGAUGACUUCUUCUCUUCCUGGGAUAAGCCCUCGAUCAAGCGCCCAAGCAACCCUCCCUCGCGCACAGGAACCCCCCCGGUAGUGAGCCGCACUGCCUCUCCAUUCUUGAAUGCAGGUGCAAAUGGCUCGCGCUCCAAGUCUCCUCUUUCCGCCUCCGACAAGGAAAGCUCUCCUGCCCCCGCUGCUAUCAGGGCCAGCACUACUGUCCGGAAGACUGCGACGGCUGGUUCUGCAAAGAAGGGCAGUGUGUUGGGCGCCAAGAAGGCACCCAAGUUAGGGGCUAAGAAGAUCGGCGCAGCUGAGGCCAUCGACUUUGACGAGGCAGAAAGGAAGGCCAAGGAAGAAGCCGAGCGCAUUGAGAAGCUUGGAUAUGACCCUGAGGCUGAACAGGCUGAGGCCGAUGCCAAGGCUAAGAGUACGACUACGGGAGCUACGCCUAUUGCUGCCCCUACGCCAAUCAGCCCCAGCGCCGCCAGAAAGUCCCACGAGCGUAACUCUAGCGAUGUAGAGCGUCUGGGAAUGGGCAUCGGGCGCCUAGGAUUUGGCCAGACUGCUGGUUCGAAGCCUGCUGCUCCGAAGAAGCUGGGCUUCGGCUCUGUCGCUCCUGCUCGGUCAGCUGCUGAUGAGGAGGAACUUAGCCAGACCAAGACCAGGUUUGGUGCCCAGAAGGGUAUCUCGUCCGACGAAUUCUUCGGGCGUGAUAAAUUCGAUCCAUCGGCCCAGGCCGAGGCUAAGGAGCGUCUCCGCCAAUUCGAUGGUGCCACCUCUAUUUCCAGCAACUCCUACUUUGGCCGACCCGAAGACGAUCUCCCCGCUGCAGAUGAUGGAUAUGGCGACUUGGAAACUGCGGCCAAGGACUUUGUUCGUCGUUUUGGCAUGACAGCGGGAGACGAUCUCGAGAACCUUACACAGCUCGUCGGAGACAGUGCCGUCAAACUGCAAGGCGCCAUACGCAACUACAUGAACAGCUAA